CGUAACAUUGGAAUCACGGCACCAUGCUUGCAGGUAGCGGCAGUUGCAACUGAUCCCAUCCAAAAACUUUUCAUUGAUAAGAUUCGUGAUUAUGCUAACAAGAGCAAAUCGGCAGGAGGGAAAUUAGUUGAUGCUACUGCUGAAACAGAAAAGCAACUUAAAGAUGAGUUAGAGAAAUUAGCCAGACAAUAUGGUGCCAAGGAUGGUGUUGAUUUCAAUAAAUUUCCUGUCUUCAGUUUU